AAGUUCAGGAACUCGGUCACCGCCCCAGCCCCCCCCCUCCGCUGCCUCAUCCAUUGUUGGGCAAUAGUCUGCCUCGUCGGAACGGGCUUAACCGAAACUCUUCAGUCACUGGGGAAAAGUGCUGAAUAUACUUCUUUUGAACGACUUGCGGUGACAUUUGAAGAWAUUUAUUUCGACUGGGAACAACUCGGUGUCGGCAGUGAAACUCUAACGCAAAGCCUGUUGUGUGAGAACACUAGACAGAAUGACAAGCAUCAACACAGCCAACAUCAACUUUAAAUGGGACCCAAAGAGUCUGGAGAUUCGUACUCUGGCAGUGGAGAGGUUACUGGAGCCUCUUGUCACUCAGGUCACAACUUURGUAAAUUCCAGCAGCAAAGGGCCGUCUAACAAGAAGAAGGGACGCUCCAAGAAGGCUCAUGUUCUGGCUGCUUCGGUGGAGACCGCCACCCAGAACUUCCUGGAAAAAGGAGAGAAGAUUGCAAAGGAAAGUCAGUUCCUUAAAGAUGAGCUGACUGCUGCAGUGGAAGAUGUCCGCAAGCAAGGCGAGUCGAUGCGACUGGCCUCUGGAGAAUUUGCAGAUGACCCCUGUUCUUCUGUGAAGAGGGGCAAUAUGGUUCGUGCUGCCAGGGCCCUUCUUUCAGCUGUCACACACCUGCUGGUUCUGGCAGACAUGUCUGAUGUCUACAAACUUCUCCUGCAGCUUAAACUGGUKGAGGAUAAUCUGGUGAAAGUUCGCAACGCAGGAACAGAGCAGGACUUGGGAAUCCAGUACAAGGCUUUGAUACCAGAGGUGGACAAGCUGAACAUGAUGGCUGCCAAGAGACAGCAGGAGCUAAAGGACGUUCACCACAAGGACCAAAUGGCUGCCGCUCGUGGGGUACUCCAGAGGAACGUCCCCUUGCUGUACAAAGCGUCGUGUGCCUGCCUGCAGCAUCCUGACGUGGCAGCCUACAAGGCUAACCGUGACCUGAUCUACAAACAACUCCAGCACGCAGUUUCAGGAAUUUCCAACGCUGCCCAGGCCACAUCCACUGAAGACUCAUCCCUGAUCCAGCCAGGAGGGGCUGGAGAGCUCGCUUAUGCCCUCAACAACUUUGAUAAACAAAUCAUUGUGGAUCCCUUGGCAUUCAGUGAGGAGCGCUUUCGUCCUUCUCUUGAGGAACGUCUUGAAAGCAUCAUCAGUGGAGCUGCCCUCAUGGCCGACUCUUCAUGCACACGCGAUGACCGCAGGGAGCGCAUUGUGGCUGAAUGCAACUCUGUGCGCCAGGCCCUGCAGGACCUCCUGUCUGAGUAUAUGGGCAAUGCGGGAAGGAAAGACAGAAGUGAUGCUCUGAACACAGCCAUUGACAGGAUGACGAAGAAGACUAGAGACCUUCGCAGACAGCUGCGUAAAGCUGUGAUGGACCAUGUCUCAGACUCUUUUCUGGAGACCAAUGUUCCUCUUCUGGUUCUGAUUGAAGCUGCCAAGAAUGGCAACGAGAAAGAAGUGAAGGAAUAUGCACAGGUGUUCCGUGAGCACGCCAACAAGUUGAUUGAGGUGGCUAACCUGGCAUGCUCUAUUUCCAACAAUGAAGAGGGAGUGAAGCUGGUCCGCAUGGCAGCAUCUCAACUGGAAACCAUGUGCCCCCAGGUGAUUAAUGCAGCACUGGCCCUUGCUGCCAAGCCCAACAGUAAGGUGGCUCAGGACAAUAUGGAUGCAUUCAAAGACCAGUGGGAGAAGCAGGUUCGCGUCCUCACUGACGCUGUUGAUGACAUAACAUCAAUCGAUGACUUCCUUUCUGUGUCUGAGAACCACAUCUUGGAGGAUGUGAAUAAGUGUGUCAUCCAUCUUCAAGAGAAAGAUGUUGAUGGUUUGGAUCGCACUGCUGGAGCUAUUCGAGGCCGCGCUGCCAGAGUCGUCCAUGUGGUCACUUCUGAAAUGGACAACUAUGAGCCUGGUGUCUACACAGAGAAGGUUCUGGAAGCCACAAAACUCCUCACUGAYACSGUAAUGCCACGGUUCACGGAACAAGUCGAGUCUGCAGURGAGGCCUUGAGUUCAAACCCCUCUCAGCCAAUGGACGAGAAUGAGUUCAUUGAUGCAUCUCGCCUCGUAUAUGAUGGCAUUCGYGACAUACGCAAGGCUGUCCUUAUGAUCAGAACUCCAGAAGAACUGGAUGACUCCGACUUUGAGACCGAAGACUUUGAUAAACAAAGCAAGACCAGCGUGCAGACGGAGGAUGACCAGCUCAUUGCCGGUCAAAGUGCACGAGCUAUCAUGGCUCAGUUGCCGCAGGAGCAGAAAGCAAAGAUUGCCGAGCAGGUGGCUAGCUUCCAGGAGGAGAAGAGCAAGCUGGACGCUGAGGUAUCCAAGUGGGAUGACAGCGGCAAUGACAUCAUUGUGUUGGCUAAGCAGAUGUGCAUGAUCAUGAUGGAGAUGACAGACUUCACCAGAGGAAAAGGGCCACUGAAGAAUACAUCUGAUGUCAUCAGCGCUGCCAAGAAAAUUGCAGAGGCAGGAUCCAGAAUGGACAAACUGGGCCGCUCCAUUGCUGACCAAUGUCCGGACUCUUCCUGUAAGCAGGACCUGCUGGCCUACCUGCAGCGUAUCGCUCUGUAUUGUCACCAGCUCAACAUCUGCAGCAAAGUCAAAGCUGAGGUUCAGAACCUGGGAGGAGAGCUGGUCGUCUCUGGGUUGGACAGCGCCAUGUCCCUGAUUCAGGCUGCGAAGAAUCUGAUGAACGCCGUGGUGUCCACGGUGAAGGCCUCCUACGUUGCCUCAACCAAAUACCAGAGAUCAAAAGGCAUGGAGGCCCUCAACAUGCCGGCCAUCUCCUGGAAGAUGAAAGCUCCCGAGAAGAAGCCUCUGGUGAAGAGAGAGAAGCAGGAUGACGGGCAGACCAACAGAGUCAAGAGAUCCUCUCACAAGAARCACGUGAACCCCGUGCAGGCUCUGAGUGAAUUCAAAGCCAUGGACAGCAUCUAGACGGACCCCCUGAGAGAACACGACUUCAUAACCAAUGAGUUCAGAUUAUUAUUCAGUGAGAGAGAGGAGCUGUUAUCUGUCUGUACCUCUGUUUGACCAGUUAUAUUCCUCCACUGCCUCAUUCCUAUCAUUCAGAUUAGCUUCAGUCUGUAGCAUUAACUGUUGUGUAGACAAAGCAGCAACUAUGAGGCUUUUUUCCUUUAAUAUAUAUCAGAGACUAAUGGAUUUAAGAGAUGUUGGAAAUAAUGUUGUUUGAUCAUUUUUCUAACCAGUUUUAAUGUAAGGCUAACGGGAUCUAUGGAUUUAUCUUCAUUUUGUUUUUGACAAACAUUAUCUAUACUGCGAAUAUCAACUAUGCAACAUUUCAUUGGCCUUAUGUUAAUAACUAACUGGAUCAGUCAAUGGUACUGAAACAAUACAAACCAGUUGGAUUCUAUUAGAAACACCUUCAAAUUGAUCAUGUUUUUAAUAUUUACCAAAUGUUUUCUGUUUUUUUAAGUAAUUUCAAGUGAUGUUUACUUGAAAGCUUUUUCUCUUUUGUUUUCCCCCACAACAGUAGCUUUAACACACACACACACACACACACACACACACACACACACNCACACACACACACACACACACACGUGUCACAGUUAAAUUACAGUUAAAGUUUUCUGUCGGGAGACCACACAAGUGGUGUGUGCGUGCACUGUCCAAAGCUGACCGGCUUCAUAAUGAGACCAAACACCUCCACAUUCAGUGUAAGGGAUCUAUGUUGUUGUUUUAUUUUUUUCCAGUUUGUCAUUUCAGGUUUGUUGCCUUUUAACUUGAUGGUCUGUUUUUUGCUCCUUAGCUUCAACACUAAUCAGGACUUUAUAUCAACUAGUGUCUUUGUAAAAAGACCGAGAAACAAAUUACCUUUUGUUAUGUAUGUUUCUGUUCAAGUAAAACCUGUGGGAUGACUGUUCUUUGCAACGUGUCACGCAUGUAGCUUUAGAGUAGUGCAUUACACUACAAAAAAAAAAAAAGGAAGACUUUGAAAUCCUGCUGCUUUGGUCUUGGAGAUAAAACUUUGUUUUGCUCAAAACAUCUAUAACUCUAGCAGGGGUGUGCACAGGCUUUUUUUUUUUUUUUUUUUGGACAGGAUGUUUUUUUUUUUUUUUACUAGCACCAGAAAAGAGUAUAAUUCAAUAAGUUGUUUGACCCCUCACAUCAUUUUGCUGUAAUGUUUGGAGUUAAUUCUCAAGUGAUUUCAAAUUUCUUUGCUGUGCAUUUUCUUAUUAUUGAGAGCUGACUUAGUGCAUUCAUUUCUUAUAUUAUUGUGCCUGAUUUAUAUCUUUAAAUAAAAUAAACUCAGUCUAUGAUGUA